UCUUUUCACUUGAAAUGCUUGUAAUGCAAUAAAAUACAUUCAUUUUCACAUAUAUUUUCAUUUUUCGUGCAGUGAUGUGGUAUUUGUCUCUUGAUUUUUGAAACAACUGAACCACAACUAUCUUGUUGUACAGUAUAUUAAAAUCAAUAUGGCAUUUGCUUCUAGGAAAAACCUAAGCUCUCCAUACUUAGGCCUAUUUUCUAUGGCUACACUGUGUUUCCUUAGCUGUGUCUCACUACACCAUGUAUCUGGUGGACAUAUUCAGAAUGUUACGGAACUUGCAUGCCCUGAGGUAUGUUCCUGCAAUUUGAACGGUCUCGUAAAUUGUUCGUACCGGAAUCUUAUCAUUAUUCCUGAUAAAACCAAAUUGCCAGUGGAUACUAAUGUGUACUUGCUGCAAUACAACACUAUCAGUGCCUUAAGUGGCUAUAGCUUUAAUACAACUCCCAAUUUGACCUUUCUCGACCUCUACCACAACAAACUGAUUUCCAUCGAUGAAAAAGCUUUUGCCGGACUUGCUCGCCUGCAGGUGUUGAAUAUUUCAAACCAAGUCUUUGAUCAACAUACCAUUCACAUUCAGAAAAUCAGUAAAAACUGGUUCAAGGGGUUCACUGAGCUUACAGUCGCCAAAUUGAUGCUCAUUGGUGCUGAAGUAAUCGACGAUUACGCUUUUUCUGAUAAUCCAAAUAUAAAAGAGAUUCAACUGGAUUCUAAUAAUCUGAAGGAUAUACCAAGUCACUUAUUUCAAAAUCUCCCUGAUUUAAAAAUUGUCCAGCUUUGUUGCAACCUUCUAACAGAAAUUGAUGGUAAACCUUUCUUUGGCUCCACCCAUGUUGAAGAAAUACAUCUAAAUUCAAAUAGCAUCAAUAAGGUCCAUGAAAAUGCUUUUAAAAGCAUGAUGAAUAUAUAUGUUAUUGAUUUAGGUGACAACCAAUUAACCUCAGACAACAUUCACAGGCAAACUUUCACUGGACUAGCAUGCUUAACAGAACUCUAUCUGUACAGAAACCAUUUGAAAACCAUAAGAAAAGAAUGGCUUCAGGACUUGACAUCCUUAGAAGUAUUUCAUGCUGGUCACAACAGUGUCAUAACCUUGGACGAUAAUGUGUUUAAGAACUGCUUAAACCUUAAAGAAAUUGAUUUAAGCUACAAUUUAAUCGUUGAAAUUCACAGCACGCUGUUCCGUGGACUACCAAAUCUGAUGUGUGUUAUUUGCUCCAACAACAAAAUUUACAACAUUCGUGAUGAUGCUUUUCAAGGUUCAAAGAACAUCAGCACGCUCAAAUUUAACAGCAAUGUCUUCAAAACUGUUUCCAAAUCAAUUGGCCUACAACACCUACCUAAUUUAGAUCAUAUUUUUUUCUUCACAAAUCCUUUUCAAUGCGACUGCGAUCUUGUAUGGUUUAUCAGCUGGAUCCACUCUCCUAACGUCAGACCAUACAUGUACAAUUUGGAUGAUGUGGUCUGUAAUGGUCCACCAAACUUAGCCCUUCGUCGUCUCUUAGAUUUGGAUCCAGAUUCAUUCAGCUGCAGUUCCCAUGUGGUGGCCAUUGUUGUUUCAAAUGCAGUUGUACUGAUUAUAAUUGCAAGCGUCCUAUAUUACUUUCGUUGGGACAUAAGAUAUUUACAUCAAAAAAGAAAACUUCGCAAACAAUAUCAACAGCUAAACGAGGAUGUUGAUGGACCACCAAACAUAGAGGGCUACAUCUUUGAUGCAUUUAUUUCCUACAGUAGUAAAGACUGCAACUGGGUCUCAAAUGUGCUACAUCCGACGCUCGAAAAUGAUCCAUAUAAUUUUCGGCUGUGCAUCGACUACCGCGAUUUCAUGCCUGGAGAUUCCAUUAUCGACAACAUUGCACGAGCCAUUAGAUGCAGUCGUAAGACUAUAAUGAUCCUGACCAAAAACUUUCUGAGGAGUCAGUGGUGUUACUUUGAACUCGAAAUGGCUAGGUUACGUUUGUUGGAAAACAGUGAAGAUCUCUUUAUCAUCGUGCUUCUGGAAAAGGUUGCUACAAAGAAUAUGCCGCUGAAGUUGCAACAAGUUCUAAGGAAGAAAUCUUACAUCAGAUGGCCUGAUGACGAACCUGUUAAGCGAGUGUUCUGGACCAAGCUUGAAACAGAACUCCGAUCGCAAAACCAUAUCAAUUGACAACAGGGGCUUAGCCAGAAAAAUGAAAUAGGCCGUCCAAAAUGGAAGCCAAUGGGCGUGGCCCUGAGCCAAUAGGCGGGCUACGCCCCUCCCAAAAAUAAGGGGAAAAAAUAGAAAAUUAUGAUCUUUAGAGGGCAUUUUAAAUGUGUUUAAAUGUUGGAAUUUUGUCUUCAAAAAGGAAUAGUGUUGAAUUAGCAAUCACAAAGAUAUUUCAGUUAUAUACAUAGAUUGCACACGGCUACGGUAUUUCUAGGUUAUGCAGGUGCAUCUUCAUCUUUCGCCUUAGUCUAGUGUAAAUUCUACUCUGUCCUCCGAAUCGAGAGAUAGGCCUAGACCUACUGUAUUUUGUUGACUAAUAAAAUUUAACUUGUGACGUUAACAACAAAUCUUCUUUACGGUAUUUCAUGAAUUGAUUAUAGUAAGAGAGUUACGAACACCAACAAUAUUUUGUCAGGGAACCGAAUAGUGUAUUUUGCAGAGCCACGUGCAUGCGUUGUGGGUCCGGUUGGUUGUGGGCGACCAACAACCUUCCAUUUUAAUACGAAGCGUGUACAGUUGUACAGUGGCUGAUUUCCGCAACAGCAAAAAAAAAAUUU